CCCAGCUGCACCGAGCGCGCGAUCAGAGCACGAAGGCAGCGAAUGCUCGCGCACCCGUUCUCCCGAUCGUUCUUCGCAGACGACCUUCUCCGACGAUCAAACGGCGACCUCGCCUGAAUAUGGAGUCUCCCCAUUUGUCCGAUGCCAACGAGCCCAGCCGCGCGCGCGUCAGGAACGCCCUGCUGUCGGCCAAGCAUCUGUACAUCAUCCUCUGGAAGAACGUGUACAUCAAGAGGCUAUGCCGCCACUACAUGGCCACGCUGGUCGAGAUCGCCCUCAUCGUGGCACUGCUGCUGGGCAUACAGGAGGACUCCGUGGUCCGGGAACCGUUUGUCAGGAAAGGCAACACCUUCUACCAGCCCAUGCACACGAACGCCUUCUGGAACACCCAGCGUGACCUGUCCUACAUCCGGGAGGUCUACUACUUCGCGGCCAAGAACCAUUACAUCAACCGGUUGACGCGGGACGCCUUCCACAGGCUGGGCGUCGUCGCCGUGACCGAGGUGCCCACCGAACGCCAGUUAUUCGACAUGCACGAAAAGGCCAUUACUGAAAACGAUACAAAGGCUGUGUCGUCGGUCCUGCUCCUCUACACCAGCGUUACCAGCAACGACACCCACCUGCAACCCGCCAGCCUUCACGUCUCGUUCCUCGCCGGCAGGCUCCCAUUUGACGUGCAGGUGAACUACCGGCAGCGCCUGCUCUCUCAGCACGAGGGUCCCUCAGCCGAGGAGCGGUUCCCCGAGAUGCACACCCUUCUGCCCAUCAUGGGAGCGCUGCAGCAGCGCCACCUGGAGAUGCAGGCCGAGAUCGUCGGGCACAAGGAUCCACUGAAGGAGGUCACGCUGGUCAGGUUCCCGUUUCCCGCGCACAUUGAGCUCCACGACCACAAGAACUACGCCCUGGUGCUGACACGCUUCUGCAUCGGCAUGCUUGUCCCCUUCUGCCUGUUCGUCGCCAGGCUGACCGACGAAAAGGCCACCGGCGUCAAAGAGAUGCUGCGUGUGGUGGGCGUGAACGACUGGGUCUACUGGGCGAGCCACUACCUCAGCUCCUUCUUCAUGCACCUGAUCGUCGUGACGCUGAUGCUGCUGUUCAUGUGCGUCAAGCGCAACCACGAAGGGCGCGCCUUCAUACAGUUCAGCGACCCCUUGCUCCUGUUCGUCAUACUGAUGUUCUUCUGCAGCCAGUGCCAAGUGCACGGAAUGUUCCUGUCCUUGUUCUUCGCGAACCCGCAGUCUGCCGUCGCGGGUGCGCUUCUCUACUGGACUUGCAGCUGCGUGGUGCCGUUCCUGAUCCUGGAGCACGCCGGAGGACUGGGCUACUACUACAUCGCCCGCAGAAACAAGUUGUACACGGCCAUCUUUCCCGGCAUGAGCCUCCACUGGAGCUUUCGAGUGCUGGAGCGGUUCGAGAAGUUCGUGCCGAACGGAGCCAACUGGCUGAACUUCUACGACCGCUCCGCCACGCCUGACAACGUGACGCUCGCGGAGAUCGUCUUCGUGGGGUUCCUGUUCGACUGCUUUCUCGCCAUUCUCAUAUGGUACCUCGACAACGUGAUUUCGCUCGGCCCGGGCAUUCCAAAGUCCUACCUGUUCCCGUUUAAGUCCAGCUACUGGUUACCAACCAUGACAGUGGCUCCGCCACCAUCGAGGACGGCCGGCGAGCUGAACAACUUCGAAGAGGGGCCCAUGGACCAAGUGGUGACCAUCGACCUUGUUCACACCUGCAAGGACUAUGAUGGCGUUGUAGCCGUGGACGACGUCUGCCUGCGCAUUUUCGACAACCAAAUCACGGUGCUUCUGGGACACAACGGAGCCGGCAAGUCGACGCUGCUCAACAUGAUCACGGGUUUCCUGCCCUCUAGUACUGGAGCGGUGUUGGUGAAUGGCUACAACAUAAUGACCUGCACCGGCGAAGCCCGACAAAGCAUGGGGUACUGUGCCCAGUACAACGUGCUCUUCGAGGACCUGACCGUCGAAGAGCACGUGAUGUUCUUCGCUAUAGUGAAGGGCGUGCCGCUGAGUAAAGCGCGACAGGAAGUCUUCGACCUGCUGCAGGACAGCAGCCUGUACACCCAUCGCACCGUGCUUGCCGUCGACCUCUCGCCUGGCCUACAGCGCCGCCUCUGCACAGCGCUGGCCAUCGUGGGCAUGCCCAAGGUGGUCAUCCUGGACGAGCCGACUGCCAGCAUGGACUCGGACGGACGGCGCGAACUGUGGGAGCUGUUGCUGAAGCUGCGGCGCACCACCUGCGUGCUGCUGACCACCCAGAACUUGGACGAGGCGGACGUGCUGGGAGACCGGAUCGCAAUCAUGGCCAACGGACGUAUAAGGUGCACCGGCUCAUCGACGUUCCUCAAACAGCGCUUCGGCACUGGCUACCGCAUGCAGAUCAACAAGCUGCCAACCAAGUGCAACGUACCGGCCGUCGUCGAGCUGCUGCGCAAGUACGCGCCGAAAGCGCGCGUGCAGAGCGACCGGGCCAACGAGGCGGUCUUCCUUCUGGGACAGAUCAUCACUACGAAGGUCAUCAUUGGCAUGUUUAAGGAUAUUGAAAAACGGACAAAGGAACUCGGCAUCGAGUCGGUGGGCCUCACCGUGACCUCCCUCGAGGACGUCUUAAUCCGCGUGGGAGAGGACCAUCACGUGCACCGCCGGCAGCGAGCUACGCAGGCCACCGAAGAUGACCCAUCGCUCAUGGAAGCCAGAGCUCCCGUGAUGGAGAACAUGGCCGACACGACGUCCUCGGAGGCGACCCUGCUGGCUCGCCUGCGGGCCGUGUUCACCAAGCGCGCCAUCCACGUGUGGCGGGAGAAGCGGAUGCCGCUCUUCAGCUGGCUGCUGCCGCCGGUGCUGCUGUGGCUGCUGUUCUUGCUCGAGUUCUGGGGCUUGCGCGGCAGCAUGCGCGACGUGCAAUAUGUGGACGACACGCUUGGGUACACCUUCCCGGAGGUCGUCGUGUUCGCCGUGGGUUUCUCGCAGGCCGACAAAGAGGGGAAAUUCCGCGAGCGCUACUUGGAGCCCAUGUUCAGUAAUCGGCGCCAAUACUUAAUAAAAGACGUAGGUACGGAUGUGGACAUCGCCCACGGUCUUCUGGACUACGCAAGUGGCAACUUCUUCAAUUACGUCUUCAACGUCCACUUCGGCUAUCAGAUUACCAAGGCGGCGGGCACCGUGCUGUGGUACAACGGGCAGAUUCAGCACACGGCGCUGCUGAUCACGACCGCGUACAACAACGCCCGGCUUCGCAACGUGACCGGCGACGACGACGCCACGUUCAGCUGCGACGUGACCGCGCCGCGACCGGCGAAGAACGAGACCGUGGUCAAGCUGGGCGUGUCGAGCGACGAGAGCGAGCACAUCCGCAGCCAGAAGACGUACCGCGUGCUCCUGCCCAAGGUGCUGCGCUCCAUCUUCUUCCCGCUCGUCUCGAGCCUCAUGUGCAGCAACUUCGUCCUCUUCCCGAUCGCCGAGAGGGCGCUGCAGGUGAAGCACCUCCAUCUGCUGACGGGGCUUAGCCCAGCGCUCUACUGGGUGCUGAAUUUUAUCUUCGACUUCAUGUUCUACAUGGGCACCGCUAUCUUCGUGCUGAUACCACUGGCCUUCUUCGAGGAAGGAGCGCUGUCCAGCACAGACUUAAGUGUGAUAUUCGUGUUGAACCUUCUACACGGAUACGCGGCGCUGCCGCUCAUAUACAUCACUUCCUUUCUCUUCGACAACCCUGGAUUCGGCUUCACUACGCUUUCUAUCCUCAUCUUCGUCGUCUCGUCGAUGGGAUGCCUGGGCGAGGUGUUCAUGGAGCAGUACGCGAGCGAGGUGGGCAGCGCCUUCCUCUCCGCAGUCGUCGGCACCGCCCGCCAGGUGGUGCGGCUACUGCCGUCUUGCUCCUACUCGCGUGGGAUGACCAAGAUCUUACAGCUGGCCUCCGAGAACUACGUCUGCCAAGUCGGGGGCGCCGAGCUCGACAGCCAGUGCGGCAGCAGAACCGCCGAGUCCAAGCUCUCGCUCCAGAAGUGCUGCCUCUACUCCACCAGCCCAGACCGGAUGGAGUACGUGAUAUACCCAUUCGACGUGCAUCCUUACUCGGCCUUCUAUGAGGUCGUCACCCUGUCCAUAGAGGGCGCCGUUUUGUUCGCGCUGUUGAUAUUGCUCGAGUACUAUAUAGCAAAGAUUGAUCAGGCGUUGAGCGCGCUGGAACCGGAGGUCUACUCUGGAGAUUUUGCACCCUUCUCGUUGAAGCCGGCCACGCUGCCGAUCAUCGCCUCACCGAAGAGGGCGAAGACCUUCAAGGAUGCGAACCUGGACGUUGUGGAGGAAGAGCGCUUGGUGGCCGCCUUGGUCAAGGAACGGGUGCGAGGCGGGGACACAAAACUGGCGGAAGACGGCUUACCGGACAAACAGGCCUCGGUCGCCGACGCGAAAUCGGUGUCGGCCGACGGACCGGCGCCACUGGUUCGCACAAGAUCAGCGACGGUCAGCUCAGCCAACACGCAGGUGCCAGUCGCGGACAAGAGGGCAGCGGCGGCCGCCGGCUUAGCCAAAGCGCAAGCGCCAGUCGCCGACACAAAACGAAUGUUAAUUGUGCAGCGCCUGCAUAAGACGUACGGGUACUUCGAACCCAAUCCGGUGCUGCGGGGCCUCAGCUUCACGGUGGCCCCAGGCGAAUGUUUUGGUCUGCUUGGCGUCAACGGCGUUGGCAAGACGACGACGUUCCGCAUCCUCACCGGCGACAUUUUGCCGCACUAUGGCGAUGCCUAUAUGGGCCCUUUGUCACUCGUGAACAACAUGAGAGAGUUUCAACGGUACAUUGGCUACUGCCCCCAGAAGGACGGCCUACUGGACAUGCUGACGGGUGUCGAGACCCUGGUGCUCUUUUCGCGUCUAAAGGGCGUUCAGCUCACGCAGCAGUACCUGGACACGUUGCUGGACAUCUUCCGCCUGGAGGAGACCGCCAACCAGCUGGUCAGCACAAUGAGUGCCGGUAACCGCCGCAAGCUGUCGCUGUGUGUCUCCAUGAUCGGCAUGCCACCUCUGCUUCUUCUCGACGAGCCUUACGCCGGGGUGAGCGCCACGGCCCGCCGGCGGAUUGUCAGCUGCAUGGGCGACCUGCAGCGUCUUGCCAAGAUCUCCAUCGUUCUCACAUCGCAUAACCUGUCUGACGUGGAGUUCCUGUGCAACCGGAUCGCCAUUCUGGGCGAGGGCAAGCUGCAGUGCCUGGGAUCGCUGGCACACCUCAAGGAGAAGUUCGGCAAAGGCUAUACCAUCUUGGUGAAGACGUUACCGGACCGGAAGCAGGACGUUAUGUACCAGCGGGACGUCAGCAAAGCAGUCACUAAGAGCUUCCCUCAAGCCGAGCUGGUGUACACCUACGAGGGUGUGCUGGAGUUCCGCAUGUCCCGUGUGGAAAUCCCUUGGAGCGAGAUGUUCGCCCGCAUGGCGCGCAUCAAGAAGCGCUUCAAGCUCCAGGACUUCUACAUCUCGGACACGUCACUGGAGCAACUCUUCCUCAGCGUGAUUCGCAAGGAGGCCAGCGAGGCGGCUGCCGCAGCAGCAGCCGAACAGCCAGCUCCAGUGGUGGGACACACCAUGGCCGCGACGUUGGGCAUCUAGCGCGCUGUUCGUAGCGCGUAAUUCGUACCGCCAAUAAAUCCACACGG